AUGUUGACGUGUGUCUCUCUGUGUUUUUUUUCCCAGGACACCAAAGACGACAGCUCAGCUUUUAUCUGUCCGCUGUGUGACAAAAACUGUCUAACACAACACCAGCUCACCAUGCACAUCAGACAGCACAACGCCGACGCCGGGGCGACCGACCACUCCUGCAGCAUCUGUGGGAAGUGCCUGAGCUCGGCCUCGUCGCUGGACCGCCACAUGCUGGUCCACAGCGGGGAGAGACCCUACAAGUGUAACGUCUGUGGACAGACCUUCACCACCAACGGCAACAUGCACAGGUACACACACACACACACACACACACACACACACACACCGGCGUGCGGGCGUGCGUACCUGGGCGAUGUGAGCGAACUUCUUGCAGGAGAAGUCGAUGAAGGCGAGGUCGUUGAAGCCGGUGGGGAUGGAGGGGUUGUUCUGGAUGAAGGGGUGCCCGCUGGGGUCCUGGGGGAGGAGCUUGUGGACGCCCGCGUUGUGGCGCAACAGACCGCGGUCUGGUGCGAGACGAACCUUCGUCGCUGCAUCAGCAAGUUCCACCGCUUCGUCUGUGACUGCUGCGACAAGGCGUUCCCCCUCCGCUCGGCCCUGGACCUCCACAAGACCGUCUCCCACGGCGACAAACCCGCCGCCGGCGACCCCACGGAGAUGGAGGACGAGGCGGCGGACGGAGACGCCGAAAACGGCGAUGACGCCGCCAGCCCGGACGUCGAGAAAGAAGUCCCGCCCUCGGAGCAGGCCAGCUUCCUGCAAGCGCUCGGUCUGCAGCACGUUUCUCAGGUGAAGUCUGGUCCCACAGACGAUGAGAUCCAUCAGGCGCACCUGGACAGCAUCAAGGUGAUCCACGUGGAGCCGCCGUCCUCCAGCCUCCCCCAGGAGCCGGCCUCGGCCUACCUGUCCGGGGGUCUGGGGCUGACCCUGGGUCUGGGCGUGGGGGGUCUGGCGACCCUCAGCAUCCCCCUGCUGGAGGCCUCGGGCUCGGCCUCGGCCCUGCAGGGCCUCUCGCAGAAGGACGCCAUGAGCCUGCUGUCCCUGCAGCCCUUCCAGAGCGGCUUCCUCCUGCAGCAGGACGGCGGCGCCGCCACGGCCAGCGCCGCCUCGUCGGGGGUGAAACCCGGGGAGGGGGGGGGCGCCGGGAUCAUGGAGCUGGCGGACAUUCAGCAGAUCCUCAAAGUGGCGAGCGCAGCGCCCAAUCAGAUGGGACUGUCCCUCCCAACGUUGGCUAAAGCUCCCGGAUUCACGGGAGGUCAAGUCUUCAAAACCCCCUCCUCGUCCUCCUCCUCCUCGUCCUCCUCCUCUUCGGCCGGGACCGGCGGGCAGAUGGACGCCGAGUGCAUGGGAGACGCUCACACGCCUCUGUCGGAUUCGCCGCCGGCUGCGACCACGGCGGUGCACGAGGAGGCGGGGCUAAGCGGGAGAAAGCCCGGACCCAAAGGGGGAAACCACGGCAACGCCGGCUCGGCUAAGGGCUCCUUCCCGUGCCGUUUCUGCGACCAGGUGUUCGCCUUCUCCGGCGUCCUGCAGGCGCACAUGCGCUUCCACCUCGGCAUCCUCCCCCACCAGUGCAACAUCUGCGACUACGUGGCGCCGGACAAAGCCACGCUGAUCCGACACCUGCGCACGCACAGCGGCGAGCGGCCGUACGUCUGCCGCGUCUGCCACUACCCCUUCACCGUCAAGGCCAACUGCGAGCGCCACCUCAGGAAGAAGCACGGCAAGACGUCGCGCAAGGACAUCGAGAAGAACAUCAAGUACGUCACCUCCACCAUCACGGCGAACCUCGCCUCCGCGAUCACCGCGACAACAACAACCACCACCACCACCCCCCAGGACACGGAGACGGGCUGCAACGGCGCCGAGACCACCUGCCGGUUCUGCGGCGAGGACCUGAAGACGUACCGGGCGCUGCAGAUCCACCUGCGCACGCACAACGGCUGCCAGAGGAAGCCGUUCGAGUGCCGGCGCUGCGGCGCCGCCUUCCUGGCCAAACGCAACUGCAUCCACCACCUGCUGAAGCAGCACCCCGAGGUGCAGGAGAGGGAGAUCGAAGAGCACAUCGCCACGCUCCUUCCCGCCGCCGCCGCCGCCACCGUGCCGGCGAAUCCAAUAACGCUGAACGGGAUCAGUCAGCCGGCGGUGCAGGUGCUCCACGCGGUGAAGAUGGAGGCCAGCAUGGUGUACCCAGCAGAACUGGACCAGCCCCUGGACUUCUCCGCCAAGAGUCUCGGCGCCGGCGGCCAGGCGGCGUCGCCCGGCAUCAAGCUGGAGAGCGUGUCGCCGAGCUUCGAGUGCUCCAUCCUGGACCAGCCCAUCGACCUGUCCAUCCCCAGCAAGAGGCAGCGGAGGGGGGGGGCGGCGGAGAUCAAGACGGAGCUGAGCGUGGAGCACCCGGCUCUGGCUCCGUCCCGGGAGGAGAAGGCGGCGAGCGCGCUGCCCCCCCUGCACCCCCACCCCCAGCUCGGCUGCUACCAGCUCCCCCCCGGGUCCACCCCUCCCCCGGGGCCGCUCGGCAACGCCACGAGAGCCCAGCGCCUCAAGCCCCUGCUCCCCAAACCGGCCUCCUGCACCACCACCACCACCACCGCCGCCACCGCCGCCUCCUCCACCUCCUCGCCCUCCGCGGCCAUCAAGGAGCUCCCCCCCCUGGCCUCCAUCGCUCAGAUCAUCCACUCCGUCUCCGUGGCGCCAGACCUGCUGAAGAGGGAGGCCUCCGCCGCCGUGCUGGACCCCAAGCCCCACGCGGGUGGCGCUCCGUCUCUGGUCGACGCUGCUGCAGACGCCCCGGGACCCUCCGCUGUCCUGGAGACGCCCGGGGACGAGACAUCGGAGGUGUCCUCCAGGAAGCGGUCCAGGAGGAGGCCCGCGGGCCUGGCCCUGAAGGAGAAGGCCGUUGUGAGCGCCGGGGGGGCCGCCAUCGACCUGGAGUCCAGCGGCGAGUUCGCCAGCGUGGAGAAGAUGCUCGCCACCACGGACGCCAACAAGUUCAGCCCCUACCUGCAGCCCGGGGCCGCGGACCUGGGGCCCAAGAGAGGGAGGAGCGAGGGAGGAGGGGAGGAGAAGGAGGGAGGAGCGAGGGAGGAGGGGAAGCCGGCGGCGGUGGGUCCUCAGUCCAAAGGGAAGAAGAACGCGUACUCCAACUCGGUCCAGAAGAUGACCUGUCCCUUCUGCCCCCGGGUGUUCCCCUGGGCCAGCUCGCUGCAGAGACACAUGCUGACACACACCGAAAGCUCCCAAGAGAGCGCAGAGAGUCAGUCGGAGACGGAGCAGACGGCUCCAGAAGCUCAAGACCUCAGCGGCGCCAACACCUCCACCGACUCAGGCUCCGCCCCCUCGUCAGAGAGCCCCACCCACUCAGACCAGCAGGGGGCGGAGUCAUCCCAAUCAAGCCCCUCCCACAAACCAAGCCCCGGGUGCAGCCCGGCUGGCGGCUCUGCAGAGCAGCAGGAGACCGAAGCCGCAGAGCAGCGUUUGGACCUGCAGGGGGCGCCAGAGACCAGACCACCACACAGCAACGGCACCAAGGCCGAGAGCGCCGACGACGACGACUGCCACAGCAACAAGAGUCUCGACCUGAACUUCGGCAAAAAGCUGAUCGACUUCAAGCUCUCGGCGUCCUCAGGCCCCGCUCAGGAAGAACCCCCCGCGUCCUCUUCCUCGUCCUCGUCCUCCUCGUCCUCCUCGUCCUCCUCUACCUCUGCUCCCCACGUCGCAGCCGAGAGCCCCGAGAAGGAGAAACUCGCCGCGAAGCAGCAGCCGGAGUACAAGCACGUGUGCCGAGUGUGUAGGAAGAGCUUCCGUUACGCCACCACGCUCGCUCGCCACGAGAGGGCUCACCUCUCCGAGGAGACGCCUGCCCCCCCGCCGCCGCCGCCGGCGGAGGAGGAAGAGGAGGAGGAGGAGGAGGAGGAGAACCCGCCUGCGAAAGACGAGGCGGCGUCGGAGAGCGCCGCCGUUGCAGCCGCCGUCAAACCGCCCCAAGACGAAGAGGAGGAGGAGGAGAAAGAGGCGGAGAUGGAGGCGGAGAGCGAGGGAGGAGACAGCGGAGAGUCGGAGGAGGAGGAGAAGGAGAAGGAGGAGAGGAGCGACGAGGAGGCGUCGGAACCAAAGAGUUCGGAGGGAGGAGAGGCGUCGGGGAGACGAGUGGACAAGAGGAAGAAGAUCUGCAACGUCUGCGGGAAGAGGUUCUGGUCCCUGCAGGACCUGACCCGGCACAUGAGGUCCCACACAGGUGAGCGGCCCUACCAGUGUCAGACCUGCGAGCGGACCUUCACCCUGAAGCACAGCCUGGUCCGCCACCAGAGGAUCCACCUGAAGCCCCGCGGCGCCGCCAACGACGACGCCGCCAGCGAGGACGGAGACUCCUGCACCCACACGCCUCCCUCCACCUGCCCGCCCUCGGAGAACGAGAGCGAGUGCGGCAGCAGCGCCGCCGCCGCCCCCGCCGGAGGCAAAGAGCUGGAGGAGGAAGAGGAAGAGGAGGAAGAGGAGGUGAAACAGGAGGGUGACGCGGCAGAAUCCACCACGCCGGACGAAGACGGCGUCUCCAAACAAGCAGAGUCUGGCUCGGACCCCGAACCCCCGACAGCCGCAGUCGCUCCUGAAGAGCUGCACGCUGAGGAAGGGUCUGAACUUUCAGCUGAGUCUGGGACGCAACACCCCCCCGCCGACGCCGGCUCGACUCCCGGCCAACAAGCUACUGACACAAAGAAAACUACUCACGGCGACGACGACAGCGUGAACUCGACGCCGGAAUCGAACCUUUCCAAAGACCCCUCGUCCUCCAGCGCCCCCCCUGGGGAGCCCGUGGCAGCUGCCCCCGCGGAGGGCUUCAUCCAGGGGCUGCUGGAGGUCCACGCCGAGCCCCCUCUCGAGCACCUCCUGCCCAACGGAGAGCCUCCUCUGGUCGGGGUAGACUGAGGGGAACCCCCCCCCCCCCCCCCCCCCCCCCCCCCCCCCCACCACAGUGCCAUACCACGGGAAAGACGCUACACCAUUGAUGAAGAUGAUGAAGACGAUGAUGCAGAAACCAGCCCGGAAAAAAACCUUUUUUUGAUAGAAAGACGAGAACCUCGUUUUCUUGAAGUGCCUUACUACUACUAGUCAUACUUCUAAGAGAUGUUUUUUGCUAUAUCUUUAUCUGCAUUAUCACAGAAGAUGGAUCUCAUUUUUAUAGCUUUUUAUGAUAACAAUGAUUUGCAUUACUAUUUUUUUUGUGCGGGGAAUCUAUAUUUCAGCAAUAAAAA